AUGUCUUUCCCUCCUGCUUCUGCGCCCAAAUCACGCCUCGGUCGCUACCGCAUGUUGGCUCCGAGUGCGGGGGUGAUGGUUAGCCCGCUAUGUCUGGGAGCAAUGAAUUUCGGUGAGGGCUGGAAAGCCCGACUGGGUGACUGCGACAAAGAGACGUCCUUUAAGAUUCUGGAUACUUUCUAUGAGAAUGGCGGCAAUUUUAUCGAUACUGCAAACAACUAUCAAAACGAGGACUCUGAGGCUUGGCUCGGCGAGUGGAUGGAAAAGCGCGGCGUCAGAGACCAAAUCGUUCUCGCUACCAAGUAUACCUCGGGCUAUCGUUCACACAAGAAGGAUGAGAUCCAAGCAAAUUUUGUCGGCAACAACACCAAGAGCAUGCGACUGUCUGUCAAUGCCAGCUUGAAGAAGCUGCGCACCGACUAUAUUGAUCUGCUAUAUGUCCACUGGUGGGACUUUGGUAGCUCGAUCGAGGAGGUAAUGACCUCUCUCAACCAACUGGUCGUCGCGGGCAAAGUUCUUUACCUGGGUGUGAGUGACACCCCCGCUUGGAUCGUCAGUCGUGCCAACCAAUAUGCCCGAGACCAUGGCAUGCGCCCCUUCUCUGUCUACCAGGGCCAGUGGAAUGCCGCCAAGCGUGACUUUGAGCGCGAAAUUCUCCCCAUGUGCGCCGCCGAGGGCAUGGGUCUCUGCCCUUGGGGCGCCAUCGGUGGCGGCGCCUUCAAGACGGAGGCGCAGCGAGAGGAAAUCAACAAAAAUGGCAACCAAGGCCGUCAAAUUGAGCCCCGCGAAACCGAUGUCAAAGUUUCCAAGGUCCUAGAGAGUAUCGCCAACCGCCACAAUACGGCAAUCACCAGUGUUGCUCUGGCGUAUGUCAUGAGCAAAGCUCCUCACGUCCAUCCGAUUGUGGGCGGUCGAAAAGUCGAGCAUCUGCUUGGCAACAUUGAAGCUUUGGGGCUGAACCUGACCGACGAUGACAUCAAUGAGAUCGAAGGCGCCUAUGAGUUUGAUCACGGGUUCCCGACAACCUUCCUAUUCCGUGGAGAGAGCAAGGAGGCGCACCCAGGGAAUAUUACGUUCAAGAACAGCGCUGCGAAGUUUGACUAUGUUGACCCGGUGCGCCCUAUUAAGCCGAAGAGCUUGGAUGCGUAA